AUGACGCCUAAUCCUCAGCCUUGGUGCUCUCUGCAGGAGACCAUCCGUCUCGACCAAUUCUACACCUUGGAUGAGACCGAGUGCCUCGUCCAGAUCAGAGAAGCUUUCCAACCAGAGCUGGAUCGUCUGAAGUCUGCAGGAGCAGUUGAAGGCACCACCCGGCAACGUGAGGCCAAUGGCACGGCGGACAGACCGACGCCCUCACAGAUUCUCUACGGGAUCAACUACGACGAAAUUAACCGAACGCUGGUGGGUAUUCUGGCGCUCCGCUGGAUUCACAAUGACGACUAUGAACGAUUCACUUCUGGCCAGCAGGCCGAGUAUCGGCUGACCAAAGAAUCAUUCGAAUGGCUGCGCCAAUUAUUCACAGACGGUCUCCAGUGUCAAGAGGACUUGUUCGCUCUGGUCCUGUCCAUGGUCAUCAACGACCUGGGGAAAGAUCCCAAUUUGGAGGAGGACUAUUUUCAUACAACCCGCCAUCGGUUACGGAGCAAGAAUCAUGACAGUCUGCUGCUGGAGGCCGCCAAAGCUGGCAUGAUUCCUGCCCUGGACUAUCUUAGUCCCGAGAAGCGAGAGGAGGUGAUGUUGGGACUGGACCUCGGUUCGGAUCUCAACGCCGGCCAACUAGCACAAGCCGAAAGUGUCCCGGUCAACCUAGAAGGGCUUCUGGACAUGAGAGGUCACGAACAUGCGUUCGAGCUGAAAUUCAUGGAGCAGAUUCUCGAUGUUUCCGGCGCAGCUGGACAUAUUGAUUCCACCGGCGCCAGAAACAUGAUCGAGCCUGUUUUCCAAGCGUUCAAAACCGUCCACGAAGUUUCCCUCGACAUCAUAGCCGGCCGAUCGAACCUGCGGGAAGGCUAUGAUAAAGUGUUGACGAAGCGCGGAAAUAUGCUUUCCAUUAAAGGCUUCCGGCGGCUUAGUGUCAGCGACAAGGAAGACCGCGCACUGCUGAGGUUACUCACCAUGGGCCGCACUGCCGACCUUGAGCAAGCCGAACUGUUUUCCAAAGCCUUUCAAGCGCUGGACAAGCGGAACAAGGAACAGCUCGUCGCCGGUCUGAAUGUAGAUGGGAAUGUCGAUGAAACUGCCGUUCUUCCUUAUUACAUGCCUGCCAUCAUCUCUACGACCUUGGAGAACACCAAAGAUUCCGACGACACGAGCAAACAGAGAGCACUCACCAGCCUGAUGAGAUACCUUGCCAAAGUCUUUGGCAGUCCGGGGGUAGGCUUGCCGGGGCUCGCACCAGAUGCCAUAUACAACGACAAGGUUCCUGAAAUCAUUAUAGAACGAAACAUGUCCAAAGCUCAGGAUGUCAUCAACAGCCCAGAAUUUAAGAACAACCCAGAUCUGUUAGACGGACUGGCAAUCCCUGAAGGGCAGGUGCUCCAACGCCGCAGAACCAGUCAGUCUUGGUGA